GAGCGCUGCACCGCGCGCAGCUGGUGUUGUCUGGAUAUGAAAUGUAACCAAUAAAAAAAGUAUCUCAUGCCAAGCGAUACUUGGUAACCAGUGUAGAAGACUGCACGCUUUUCACUCACAUAUUGCACCUUCAAGAGGAAUACAACCUGAGCGUCGCGAGGAACUGCGUUACAACAAGGUUACUGAAGUGCAGUCAGAAAGAAAAACUGAUAAAUCUACACACGAUGGACUGCCGGACUGUGGCUAAUGAUACACAUUGCUCCAGUUUCGUGGUGGCAUCGAUGUCCGACGUCGUGGCAAGCUUUUUCAAGUGAACGGACAGAGCGCAUAUAAUUUUAUUGACAGCGAAUGUCUACAGUAUUCAUAGCCAAUUCUUGCCCUUUGCAGUGCAAUUCCGGUGGUAUACGGAAGCAUCCCUAUACUGACACAAAUAAGAGGAAGGAUUACAGCUCCAGUGUUCAACAUAAAGGAGCCCACAUUGCAGCUCGACCAAUAGAUCUUAUUCAUCUUUUACAACGAAAUGGGAAAGGGUACCUCUGCUGCCUUAUAAGAUGUAUCCUCAACAUCGAGAAAGGGAGCAGCCAAUCUUCAGUGCCAGGGCCCAUGUGUUCCAGAUCGACCCAAACACUAAGAGGAACUGGAUCCCCGCCAGCAAGCAUGCCGUCACCGUCUCCUUCUUCUACGACGGCAACAGGAACGUGUACCGCAUCAUCAGCGUGGGCGGUACCAAGGCCAUCAUCAACUGCACCAUCACACCGAGCAUGACGUUCACCAGGACCUCGCAGAAGUUCGGCCAGUGGGCGGACAGCAGGGCCAACACGGUCUACGGCCUGGGCUUCGCUACAGAGCAGCAGCUGCACCAGUUUUCUGAGCGGUUUAAGGAGGUGAAAGAGGCUGCCCGUCUUGCACGUGAAAAGUCCCAGGAUAAGAUGGAGUUGGUCAACACUGCUCUCAGCAUCGCUGCCCCACAGGACCUCGGUGACGAGCUCCAGUCUCCACCGGUGAUGUGUGUGAACGGUCCUGAGGACAAGAUGUUCCGCAGCCAAAGCGCAGAUAUCACACUGUCUUCUGAGAAGGAGCGUAUUAAAAAGAUGCUUUCUGAAGGGUCUAUCUGCGAGAUGAACCUGGAGGCAGAGCUCUUCACCCUGCAGGACAGCAACUCCAAGCUGGUGUCAGCGUUGCAUGAAGCUAAUAACAACGUACAGCAGUGGAAGAAGCAGCUAGCUGCCUACCAGGAGGAGACGGAGAGGCUACGAGACCAGGUGGCUGAUCUGGAAGCACAUGGCGGCCACGGUCCUAGUGACAUGCUAAAGGACGAGCUGACUCGGUCUCUGGAGGAACUGGAGGCCCUGCUCAAGGCUAAAGACGAGGAAAUCCACAUUCUGCAGAACAAGAAAUCAGAAUACCAUGAGAUGGAGCAGGAGAGAGAAGAAGCCAUACAUAGAUUACAGGAGAUGGAGAUGCGUAACCUGGAGCUGGAGCAGCGGGUGCAGAAUGCCGAGCAGAACCUGGCCGCCUCCCUAGAGGAGCGGGACCGCACAGAGAGUGAGGUGCAGAGGGCCAUCGAGAUCCUGGACAUCAAGCUCUUUGACCUGAACGACCUCCGGCAGAGCCUUGUCAAGCUGAUUGACAAAUGAUGCCAAAGAGGAAGGGUCUGUUGGGGAUGGCCAAUGCAAAGAGAGGAAAAAGAGAUGGAGCUGGUUCUCUCCUGCUAUAAAGCACAACACCGCUUCUGCUGUGGGAAGAUUGCUGCAUCGCUGUACUGUACUUUCCAGCUUGUUAAGCAAUAUGUUGUGGUGUUACCUAGGCAGUGUUUCCCAACCCAGGUCCUCCAUUGUACAUUUUUAUUGUAACCUGGACAAGCACACCUGAUUCAACUUGUCAACUAAUCAUCAAGCCCUCACUGAGUUGAAUUAGGUGUGUUUGUCAAGGGCUACAACAAAACUGUGUACUGUUGGGGGAACUGGAGAACCAGGGUUGGGAAACACUGACCAAGGCAGUGUAUCUGCUGCAUUUCAUGUUGCUUUCUUAAGCAACAUUCAAGGCAAUAGUCUUAAGUGCUAGGCUGUUUAUUUGCGAUUAGGAAUAUUGUCAAGAAUGAGAACAAUGACAUCAUUAGGUGCUUGUAGAUUUUGAAUUCAACUGAUUUUUAUACAAAUUUGGUAAUAUAAUGGUAUAAUGAGCAAUGUGGAUUAUCUAUUUUAAUUUUCCAGUGAGUUUAUUUUUUGGGGGAGAGAUCUCAGUGCAACCAUGUAUGUGGAAAGGAGCAUUACAUGACGCAGAUGAAUAAUUUUAAAAAAUGUGGCUGACAGAAUUCACAUCAAAUUAUCAUACAACUCAAGAUAAUUGGUAUUCAAUAACAAGAAAGUAAAGAAUUAGCCUUAUUAAAAAAUAUUAUUUUUUUAUACAUCUGAGCAAAGUUAGUGUCACAGAGACCAAAAGAUAUGCCUCUGUAAUAAUCUCGGGACAUCAAUAUGAUUAACGUAGUUAGGGCUCGAUUCAAUCCGUAACACUGAAGAUCUGCGCUGUAGCGCCAUUGAAAUGUACUUCUUUCAAUUUCUAUUGCGGUCGUAGCAGCGCAGGUCUUCAGCACUACAGAUUGUUAGUCUUUAUUUAACCUGUGAUAUGUUAACGACUCAUGUCUGAUAAUUGUAUACUUUAAAAAAAAACAAUGCAUGUGAAGUGCUCUGAGCGAUAAACAAUCUGUAAAGAAACAUGUUUAUUGACAGAAACGUCAGAUGUGUCCGUGUUACGGGUACCAGUUGUAAAUAUAUAAAACUUUAUUGGUACUAUG